ACAUUAAAUUAAAUUUCUCUUAUGAUUUAGCAACGAAAUUCAAGUGCAACGAAAUGCAGAAGCAGCGUAAAUAAAAUUUUACGCAUUUAAAUUGUUGUUGAGCUAACCUAAAAUUAAAGCUGAAGCUAAAGCAAAGCAUGGCGCUCAAGUAAAAGGCAUCACUAAACCCUGGGCAACGUACUAGCCACCUUCUAUACCAACUCCAAGCUCUAAAAUAAACACAUAUACUUGGCCAAAAGCAGUAACGAACCAAAAGCUAAAAGAUGAGUGAGCAAAAGAACCAGGUGACUAGAGCCGCUCCCGAGCAGAGCAACGAUUAUCGCGUCGUAGUCUUUGGCGCUGGCGGCGUGGGCAAAAGCUCGCUGGUGUUGCGCUUUAUCAAGGGCACAUUCCGUGAGAGCUAUAUACCCACAAUUGAGGACACCUACCGGCAGGUUAUCAGCUGCAACAAGAACAUUUGCACGUUACAAAUAACGGAUACGACGGGUUCACAUCAGUUUCCGGCUAUGCAACGACUGUCCAUAUCCAAGGGUCAUGCAUUCAUUUUGGUCUACUCGGUAUGCUCCAAGCAGAGUCUGGAGGAGCUGCGACCCAUCUGGGCGCUCAUCAAGGAGCUUAAGGGCGAUGUAAUCUCCAUACCCGUUAUGUUGGUCGGCAACAAAUGCGAUGAGAGCACUGAGCUACGUGAAGUUACACAAAUUGAGGGACAAGCGCAGGCCACCACUUGGGGCAUAUCCUUUAUGGAAACAUCAGCCAAAACCAAUCACAAUGUCACCGAACUCUUUCAGGAGCUACUCAAUAUGGAAAAGACUCGCACUGUGUCCUUGCAGUUGGAUACAAAAAAGCAAAAGAAACAAAAGAAGGAAAAGAAAUGCAAGGAUACCAAUGGCGCUAUACCGGAGAAUGAGAAUGGCGAAGCAGGUGUGAGUGGCAGCGGUGGAGUUAAGGAGAAGUGCGGUGUUAUGUAACGCGUUGGACGCCUUUAAAGGAUGCAUAGACAAAUACUCGCAUUUUGGGACAGUUGGCAGUACUCAAAAGAAAAAAAAACAAGAAAAGAAUGAAAGCUCAUCCCACACACUCACACACACAUUGCACACAUCAACACAUAUUCACAUACAUAUUAAUGAAUAUAUAAUAUACAUAUAUAAACCACUUUGGGACUGAUGUUAUCAGAGAACAGCCUGCUUACACUAUGUUAUUAAUUAUAGUUGAUAAACAAAAGAAAUGGAAUUUAGAAAGCCAAACACAUUACAAGUAUAUUUUGCAUACAUAGAUAAUACCAUAACGGAUAAAAAUCAUGCUUUCAUUCACCCCGCCCCAUAAUGCACAGCAAAAACACAUAGAGCAUGUUCAAAUGUAUAUAUAAUAUUUUAAUUCACUUGAUUUCAAAAACUACAUCUGAAACGUAACAGCAUACAUAUCAAGUACAUAACAUAACCUAGCAUACAUUGUCUACUCGCGCCAUGCAUAAUUAAUCAUAUGUAUUUACAUCAAGAAAACAAAAGCAUCAUAUGUAUCUAAAGAAAGCCAAAGUACCUACUUACGAGAUAUACAAUUUUAUCUUCUAUCUAACUAAACUUAACUAAACUAAAACUAUAUAGAUCCAACAAUAUGUAUUUACAUCGAGAAAAAAACAUCAACAAACAGAAGACUUUAAAGUCGGGACAAAUACAACAAUUAAUAUAGACAAUUAAUGGUGCAUUUGCGGCAUGGAAAAUGAAAACAGUUUCUCAACGCUGCGUACCACUGUGCUGCAAUGCCUAUAUAUAUAUUUCAGACUAUCAAACAAUUGCUGUAUAACUAUUUACCACCAACAACAAAUAUGUAAGCUUUGCUUGUUUCAAGUUAAACAUAAUUGUAAAACAUAAUACUCACAUACACACCCACACCAACACACACACACACACACACGCUUACCUUUAUUUAUCUUUGAAUUCCAAUUAAACAUUAUUUAUAGAACGUACAUUAUUUAUACAAAAUAUAUAUUUAUUGUA